GUUCAUAUUUCAUGACUUUGCAUGUGCGCCAAGAACUGCAAGUCAAUAACAGUUCAUGGCUUCGCCUUCGUUUGCAAACUCGUUUGCUCAAGGUAAUGUAUCCUUGCAAAGUUGGGCAAGUGGCGUGAGCCAAUUUGAGCAGGUUGCAGCUCCCUUGGCUAGCGAACUGUUAGCCACCUUAGAACAGGAGCACACGCGGGAAGUCGUGACAUUGUACGAAGAGCAGGUGCAGUUGCGCGAAGAACUGCGGCGAGUGGUCGAUCUCAUGGAGCAAGAGGUUCUCCCACGAGAACGACAACUCCAUAACAUGUUUGAGCAGCUCAAUGCAGCAUUUCACUCGUCGGCAGAGAAUAUGCGAAGACAGCACGAGGAGUUUCAUACAAUGGCCUCGCAAGUGGCACAGAAGCAUGACAAUUCAAGACGUCAGAUGCUCGACCCGCUGGAGGAAGCUGAGCAAGAGUUGGCCAGGAUCAAGAAGGCGUUGAAGCAGCCACUAGUGGUGUCUGACCUCCCGUUGCAGCAAAUCCAACCUGUCCAGUCAGAACAGCCAGUCCAGUCUGUUCCGACGCAGUCAGCGAAGCCUUUGCAGGCUCCCACCCAAAGAUUACGUCGCGUCGCGGACGUGUGCCCAAAAUGCGGAAAUUUGUACAGCGGAGACUCACUGUAUUGCCGGAGAUGUGGACAAAAACGAGAGGGCAUUGAGAAGCCUCUCGUUGGGACAAGGCCGCCUGGAAGCGCAGCAGGUUCACCUGAUCGUUGACUGGAAUACAGUGUGCUGCGUGUGGCUGGCCCGCUUUGAAAGGUUGUGCAGGACCUGCAGGUGAUCUGAGACACACCAAGGUGGCGGAUGUCGCAGUGUAAAGCUGCAAAGCUUGACCGUUUCUCAUCAGUGAGCAAUCAGCAAUGGUAAAGUCGAACAGCGUGACAAGUAAGAAUUAAGAGGAGCUGUAUUCACUGGAUGUGAAGCAAAUAUUCAUGAAGUGAGACAGCUAAACUUUUCGGGGCAUUGCUUGCCCUUCAUUGGGUGGGCAGAGUCUAGAAUGCACGACCAAAGACUGUCGCAGCAACAAGCCAGCCCAGACAGGCUCAUCGACAA